UGGGGCCGGGGAUGAUGGCGAAACAGGGUGAACGACGACAAGGAGAGGCUGACAGACAGGCCGAUGAUUUCAACAUGUCGGGGUUUUCAGAACUCCCCGAUGAUCUAGAUGAUCAUUUCAUGGCCUCAAAGGACUCGAAGCACACGAGGGCAGUUGUAGCAACCUCUGUGAACGUUCUGUCGGACUACUGCACCAAGUCCGCGGAUUGUUCCACAACCCUAGCGGGCGUCGAGCAGAUGACACCGCGGGACCUGUGCCAGUUCCUCCGGUCGUUCUACAGCGGCGUCCGCCAGAAGGACGGGUCGUUUUACGCCCGCCGCUCGAUGCUCACCCUGCGGUACGGGCUCCAGAGACACUUCCAGAAGCUGCUGCAGGUGGACAUCGUCAACGAUGCCACUUUCAAGGGGGCAAAUGAUGUAUUCAAUACCGUUCUUGCCAAUCUGAAGACUUCGGUCAAAAUGAACCACGUCCGCAAGAAAAACAUGGCAAAGAUACGAUCCUCCUCUGCAACUGACUGCUCCACCCCGAGGGGCCUGCAGAACACUGUGUUCCUCGACCUGAUGCUCCACUUGGCUUGCUCCACCUAUGGCCGCCACAACCUCCGCGGGAUGAAGAAGUUGGACUUCAUGGUCAUGAUGGACCCCAUGUCGAACCGAAGGUACGUGUGCUUCGCACACCCGGCGAGCAAACACUUAGCGGGCAGCGCGGGGAUCCAGUCAGACGAGAGUGACGAUGACCAGGUCAAUGACUACUCUGGCAAUUUCCAUCGCAUGUAUGAGACACCGGAAAAGCCCGACAGUUGUCCCGUCAGGUGCUUUGAAAAGUAUGCGUCUAAGCUGCACCCCAUGUGUGGUGCGUUCUGGCAGAGACCCAAAAAGGCGUACAUGUAUUCCCAAAGCGACAAGUAUUGGUACGAUGCCGUACCACUAGGGAAGAAUGCUUUGGGAAAUAAAAUGCGAGAUAUCUCAGCGGAAGCCGGCUGCUCUACCAUGUACUCCAACCAGUGCUUAAAAGUCACCGGGAAAAUGAUGAACCAUGCAAGCCAUUCCGGCUGCAGGGCAAAAUGUAACAACCACUAUUACGGUGAAAUCAUGACAUCGUCAGAGGAGGACGACUCGGAAAGUGAGAGGGAUGAGCCAAAUAGUGGCGUGCCGCAGAAUGUCCAGCAAGAAAAUGAUACGUGUAACGUGGUCAUGUCCGUGGAAAGUCGAGUAGACGGCCAAGAGUGCAAUGCUGUUCCCAUUAAAUUGGAAGAAGACAAAUUGCCGACGGAUCACCAGCAGACAAGUGGCUCCUGUAACCAUACUGCUCAUUGUGGAAUGGAGCACGAGUUGAAUGUACCAUCCAUUAGAAGAACGAGCUUCACUACAGAAACUCCAAGCCAACUGUACCCAGUUCACAUCAACGUCACUCCAAACUAUGGCAACCCUCAUCAGGGACCUGCUGAUCAACAGGAGAGGGAGCACUCCUUGAAUGGCAUUGACCAGGAUGCCUGGUGCGUCGAGAGAACCUGGGUGGAUGAGAAGAGCCAGAGAAAGUGGCUACUCACUAAGAGGAAAACGACAAGGUCUGUAGAGCAAGAUGCCUGGAGGCAGGCGGUGGAACUGCAGACUCAGAGGAAUGCCACUCUGACAGGCCACCUGGGUCCCUUACCAAUUCGGGAUCUGGGCAACCCAGACGCCCGAUCUGCUGUGGAAGUCUCGUCCAAUCUUCGCGCCGGCAGCUGCCCUCUGGCCGAUGGGCCAUCGCCAUCCUCCUCCUCAUCAGGGGAUGACUUCAUUGCACCGGGGCUGCGAUCCCUACAAUCCCUCAACGGUGUCAGAAGUGGGAUACAGGCUCAACCGGCAGAGGACGAUGAGCUCCUCCAGCUUCAGAAGACGGUCCUGAUGAUGCAGCAGAAGAAUCUGGCCCUGGAGAGGCAGAAGAUUAAACUGGAGAUGGCCAAGCUGGAGGCAGAGAGGCUCAAGCUAGAGGCAGAGAGACGCAAGUUGAGCAUCGAAGGAGACAAACUCCAGCGGGAGUUGCUGUAGACUGUUGAGAUGCACUUUUGGACUUCGUACCGAUUUUGGCAAAAAAAAAAAGCUGCAUUUCCUUUCACAGAUACUGGUCCAUUCCAGCUUCCACAAAUCAUUUAAGCUGGGCUGGCAACAGUGAACAGGAACUCUUCAGAAAGAGAGACUUCAAUGAAACCCCAGAGACCAUUCUGUAACUGUCAUGUUAUUCUGCAUCUCAGGGUAAUUAAUAAGCUAUUCCGUUCACUGUGAUCCUUUUACAAUAUUUUGUGAUUUGGUGUUUAUUUUGCCUAAACUCUCAAAUGCACUUGAUCUAUGGUUGCCCAAUAAAGUAUAAUUUGUGCUAUUUGACAGUGCUACUGUUAAA